AUGGCCGACUGGGAGGUCGACGACGACGACGUCGAGGGCCUCGAGGAGUUCGACGACCUCUACAAGGAGGACGACGCCGAGGAGGCCGUCGAGGUCGCGGAGGAGGCGGCGGACGCGGGCCCCCAGGUCGACAUCUCCAAGAUCACGUCGUCGGCGGAGCGCAACAUAUUGAGCAAGCGGAACCGCAUCUGGAGCGUGCACGCCGUGCUGCGGCCGCGGCGCGCGCUGCCCCACGACGCAUCGGACGACUGGGUCGAGCGCUACUUCCCGGAGCACCUCGCGGAUUUCGCGAACCCGAAGCUCAACCGGGAGGCGCUCGGCGCGCUCCAGAGCUGCGCGCAGAAGAAGGAGCUGCAGAACUUCGUGGUCCACGGCCCGCGCGGCGCGGGCAAGACGGCGGCGUGCCUCGCGUUCCUCCGGGGCUUCGCGGCCGACGACGGCUCCGCGAAGAGCAAGCGGUCGCGGGGCAAGAAGGCGAAGCAGCAGCGCGCGAGCGGCGGCGCCUACCCGACGCUGCGCCUGAGUUCCGCCGACGCGAAGACGGCCGGCGACCUCGAGAAGAAGCUCAAGGCCUUCGUCCGCGAGGCGGAGCGCGUCAACGGCGAGGGGUCGACGAAGUUCGUCGUCCUCGACGGCAUCGACUCCUUGACGCCCCACGCGCAGCAGGGCGUCUACCACAACAUGAUCUCCUACGACAAGACCGUGGGCUUUUUAUUCACGGCGCUGAACAAGGACCGCAUCAUCGACAAGUUCGCGAAGCGCUGCGCGAUCUUGCCGAUGCGGCGCCUCGACAAGGGCGACGCGCUCGGCGUCUUCCUCAACGUCGCGUCGCGGGAGCGCGUGGGCUACGAGCACCGCGGCGCCGUCAUGCUCUUCGAGCACGCCAAGGCGGGCCGCGGCGAGCUCGGGCGGGCCGUGCGGAGCCUGCAGCGCGUCUUCGCGAAAUGGGAGUACGCGUCGUACGUCAACGUCUGCAAGGAGUUCGCGCCCGACGCGUUCAACGCGAAGCGCAAGAUCGCCGCCAAGGCGGCGCUGGGCGACCCCAUCGACCGCUGCGCCGUCUGCACGCUGCGGCCGCCCUGCCAGCACGUGUCGGAGCAGGAGCUCGCGACGCGGGGCCUCGCGCGCCGCGCGCAGCUCCCCGAGCGCGACGACUCCAUCGACUGCACGAACUUUGUCAAGUGCGGCUCCUGCCGCGUCUUCAACGAGUUCGGCCACUGCUCCCUGGACCACCCGUCGACCCUCCACUGCGUCGUGCUCCCGCCCCACCGGUGCCCGCAGUGCACGCUCGUCUGGCCCUGCCAGCACUGCUCGUUCUCCGGGAGCCGCAACCGGCUCAUCGAGUCGUGCACGCUCGUCGCCCAGUGGGUGCCCCACUACCGCGACGACCGGCCCACGCUCGACGUCGCCGCGAAGAAGCACGAGUCCGUCGCGGACGUCGUCGUCGACCUCGACGCGCUCGACGGUGCCGUCGACGACCUCGUCGCGCGCGUCGCCGCGGCCGAGGCCUUCAUCGCGGGCACGAUGUGCAUCGACGAGGCCGUCUACCGCAAGCGGCGCAAGGAGGUCCACGACGACCACGACGCCAUCACGUCGAAGAUCGGCAAGUUCCUCCCGGAGCAGCCGCCGCUCAACGACGACGGCAAGUUCGCGUUCCCGCCGGACCCGCUCCGCCUCGCCCUCGAGUACCUCCUCAAGCUCGGCGAGAGCCCGCCGGCCAAGGACGACGGCCCGAAGAAGAAGGCGGGCAUCCCCAAGCAGCGACGGCGCGAAAUCAAAUCCGAGCUGUGGCAAGAGGUGGUGGGCGUCGUAACAGUGUCGUCGGCCGCAGCCAUGCUCUCGCCGCGCAUCGACCCGUCGACCUUGGUCGUGCACGCGCGCGAGCUGCGGACGACGCGCGCGGAGCGGCACCGGGCCUGGUGCGCCAAGGCCGACGCCGAGAGCCGCUUGGCGUCGCUCAGCGCCGAGUGCCAGAAGCUGCGGCGGCGCGACGUCGCGCGCGUCAAGGCGCUCCGGUCGACGCUCCGGCUCCUGGAGAUCGCGAACGAGGGCAAGGUCGCCGCGGAGCGCGCCGCGCGCGAGCACAAGGCCGCCGCGCGCAGGGCGUCGGCGCGGUCCCGGGUCGCCGGGGGCGGCGCGCGCGACGCCGCGCCCGGCCGGUGCCGCGACCUCGAGGCGCGCUGCGCGAGCCUCGAGGACGCGCUGCGGCGGAAGGAGCACCGCGAGCAGGUGCUCGAGCGCGCGCUCGGCGCGGCCGAGGACGGCGGCCUCGCCCUGCGGCUCGCGGAGGAGACCGUGAAGACGCGGCGCCUCGCGCUCGAGCUCGACGGCGCGCUCGGCGAGCUGCGGAAGGCCCGGGCGGACGCGUUCGCGACGCAGGAGAAGCUCGACGAGACGCGCCGCGCCGUCGCGCUCCUCUCGGGCGACGGGCCCGCGCCGGCGGCGGCGCCGAGCCCGAAAUACGCGCGGCGGCCGCCCGCGGCGCCGCCGCCGCCGCCCCCCGCGGCGGACGACUCGCCGGAGCCCCGGGGCCGCGAGGUCCGCGCGCCGCCGCCGCCGACGCCGCCGCGCGGCGUCGGCUUCGACGCGGCCGGCACGCCGGGCCGCGCGUCGGCGCGGCCGCCGCGCGGCGCGCUGCGGACGCCGUCGUCCGCAGCGUCGUCGCCCGCGUCCGUCGGGACCUACUCGGCCUACGGCCGGGACCCGGCGCUCCACACCAUCGACGACGAGGGCGACGACGAGCCCGACGAGGAGGCGUUCGGCCAGAUCGAGUUCGGCGUCCGCGCGGCCGCGUCGCCGAAGCCCCUCGACGCGACGGGGACCCUGUCCCUCGAGGAGCUCGCGGGCCUCGUGAUCUAA